UCCGUUGUCUUUUAAGCAUUACAAAACUAUUUUGAUAUUGACCCAAAAAGUCGUUACAUCCCUUAGUUGCUUUUUAAUUAUUUGUAACCAUUUGUAAAUAUAAUAAAAACAUACUUAAACAUCAGUUAUGGCAAUUUCCUUAAAGGUGGCUGUCAUAGGUGCCGGAGUAGCCGGAUUAACCGUGGCCCGUGAGCUUCAAAGAGAGUUCCACCAAGUCGUGAUAUUUGAAAAAUCACAUCGACUUGGUGGAACAUGGGUGUAUGACCCACGAGUUGAGUUAGAUCCAUUAGGACUCGACCCGAACAGAGAAAUUGUUCAUGGAUCUCUCUACAAAUCCUUGACAACAAAUCUUCCACGUCAACUCAUGAGUUUCACCGACUUCAAAUUUGUUGAGAAAGCAUAUGGUGAUCCACGAUUAUUUCCUGGGCAUGAAGAGGUUUUAAAAUAUUUGGAAGAUUUUGCAAGCCAUUUUGAACUCAAUGAGUUGAUUCGGUUCAACACUGUGGUCACCCGAGUAGAGGUCGUUGACUCGACUGUCAUGAAGUUUGAGGUUGAGUCGAAGACGGAUGGGGUGAAUUCAGUCGAGGUGUUUGACGCGGUAGUUAUUUGUAACGGUAAUAACACUCAACCUAACCUGCCAACUGAUAUUCCAGGUAUUGAGACAUGUUGUAAGAAGCAAAUUCAUAGUCACAAUUAUCGUGAUCCUGAACAAUUUCGUGACCAGGUAGUAGUCGUAAUUGGGUGUGGGCCGAGUGGAGUGGACUUGUCAAGAGAAAUAGCCACAGUUGCCAAAGAAGUUCAUAUUUCCUCGAGAGAUCCACAUCUUAAAGUGGCAAAUUUGGAGAAACACAACAAUCUAUGGCAACAUCCUAAGAUAGAUCGUGUCAAUAAAGAUGGUACAAUUAUUUUCGAAGAUGGUUUCUCAAUUGAAGCCGAUAUCAUAUUUCAUUGCACGGGGUACAAAUAUCAUGUUCCUUUCCUUAAAACAAAUGACAUUGUAAGAAUCCAAGACAAACGCAUCGGACCUCUAUACAAACACGUUUUCCCCCCAAAACUUGCUUCGGGGCUCAGUUUUGUUGGAAUACCUCUAAGCAGCAUCUUAUUUCCACUCAUCGAGGGCCAAUCAAGAUGGAUAGCGAAGGUGUUGUCAAAGAAGGUAUCGUUGCCAUCAGAAAACGAGAUGAUGAGUGAAAUAGAACAGCAUUAUCGGGAAAUGGAAGAAAAAGGAAUUCCUGAACGCCGCACUCAUUCUAUUGACUUCAAGAUUGAGUACACAGAAUGGUUGUAUGCCCAGACCGGAAUGGUCGUGGAUAAGAAGAUACAAGAGAUGUGCGAGUACAUGUUCCAAUGUUUAAUGACGGAUUUAUAUGGGCAUAAGGAUGCAUUCUCAAAGAAAUAUGGGAUAUGAUUAUUAGAAUCUCCUAAUUCAGUCUUCAUAUAUUCAGCUUUAUUGAAUGAAAAACUUGAAAGAUGUAACAAAAAGUUUUAAAUGAUAUGAUCAUAACAUGAACUUUAUGUUG